GAUACACAAUCCCUAAUGGACUUCGCUUUGAAACAAUCCAUUUCAAAGAAGGAAGAACAUGAACACGCUCGUCUUCAAGUUUGGCAAUACAUAUUUGGUUUCGUUGAAAUGGCAAUCAUAAAAUGUGCGAUAGAACUCAAAAUUGGUGACACAAUCGAUAGCCAUGGAGGCCUCAUGACACUCCCCGAGCUAUCAUCUUCUUUAAAUUGUUCUUCCUCACUCCUAUACCGCAUCAUGCGAUUCUUGGUUCAUCGAGGAAUUUUCAAAGAAGAAAUCACAGACGAAAAUCUCACAUGCUACAGCCAUACACCGUUAUCUCGGCUGCUUGCCAGUAGCAGCGACAGCAGCAUGGCUCCACUUCUUCUAUUGGAAAGCAACCCAGUGAUGCUCGCACCAUGGCAUGGCCUCAGCGCGCGAAUUAAAGGCAAUGAAGCCAUACCAUUUGAGGCUGCUCAUGGCAAAGAUAUGUGGAGCUAUGCAGCAGCUAACCCAACACACAAUGCAAUGUUCAAUGAUGCUAUGGCAUGCUCUGCGAGGGUGAUGACUGUGCCUGCUAUACUUGAAGAUUGUGGAGAGAUUUUUGAAGGAGUUGAAUGUUUAGUGGAUGUGGGUGGAGGGAAUGGUACAAGCUUGAGCAUGAUAGUCAAGGCUUGCCCAUGGAUUAAAGGCAUCAACUUUGAUCUUCCACAUGUUGUUGCUUCUUCACCGCCAUACAUUGGUGUACAACAUGUUGGUGGCAAUAUGUUUGAUUGCAUUCCCAAGGCUGAUGCUGCUUUUCUCAUGUGGGUUCUACAUCUCUGGGAUGAUGAGACAUGCAUCAAAAUUUUGAAGAAAUGCAGAGAAGCAAUCCCAAAAAAGACGGGAAAAGUAAUAAUUGUAGAAGCAGUUCUUGAGGAAAAAGAAGAAAAUAAUCUGUCGGAUGUGGGAUUAAUGCUAGACAUGGUGAUGAUGGCUCAUACCAACGACGGCAAGGAAAGAACAGCUGAAGAAUGGGCUUAUGUUCUUCAUCAAGCUGGUUUUACUCGACACACCAUUACUCCCAUUCGUGCUCUUCAAUCUGUCAUUCAAGCCUUCCCUUGAUAUAUCUUUAUCCAAAAUGAAUACUUUUCUCUUGUAUGCUUGUCCUUAGUUGAAAAAUAAAGAGAUUUAAAUCUCGACUUUUUAAUAAAAAAUUAAUGUCUUAGUCACUUGAGCUAUGUUCAAAUUGUGACUCAUAUGAAUGUCGUUUAGUAUGUAAUCCAGUUCAUAAAAAUAAAAGUGGCUUUAUUUUCUUA